AUGUUGGAAGCAAUCGAAUCAUUGCUGGCAGAGUAUUUCCCGACGUUGAUCGUCGUGUGUCUCAUCGUCGGCACAUAUCUCUACAUGAACAGACCUCCUCCACCUCCUCCCCAAUCAAGCAAGCCAAAGAAGCCUGCUCCAGCGAUCGCCAAACAAGAGAAGAAGCCAAGAUCAGAGUCAGCAGAGAAGGUAUUGAAGAUCUUCUUUGGAACACAAACUAGGACUGCUGAGGACUUCUCACAUGUGAUUGAGAAGGAGGCCAAGAAAUUGGGCAUCCCAUGCGAGGUCGUCGAUAUGGAGGGCUACGACCCAGAGGAGCUCGCCAAUGAGUACUUUGUCAUGUUCUUGGUGGCCACGCACGGUGAGGGCGAUCCCACUGACAAUGCCAAGGAGUUCUACACAUGGAUCACGAGCCAGGAGCGCGAGCCUGGCAUGCUGAACGGCGUGCCCUUCACCGUGUUUGGUCUGGGCAACAAGACCUACGAACACUUCAACGCAGUCGCCCGAGUGUUUGAUCGUCGUCUUGAAGAGUUGGGAGGCAAGCGCAUCUACGAGAGAGGUGAGGGCGAUGAUGAUGCCACCCUCGAGGAGGACUUCCAACAUUGGAAGAAGAACAUGUGGGUCUCUGUCUGUGAGUACCUUGGCUACGAGUUGAAGUUGGACGAAGACGACAAGUUUGUACCAAGAUUCAGAAUGAUCAAGCUCACUGAAGAGAACGUUGACAUGAACAACUCUUACAUCAAGGUUAGAGCACCAAAGCCAAAGCCCAAGUUGUCAUCAUCAGGUUCAGUUGUAUAUGACAUCAAGAACCCAUACCUUGCAACAGUUGUUGAGAACAAGGAACUUCAUUCGAGCGAGUCUGAUAGAUCAUGCAAGCAUCUCGAGUUUGAUAUUGGCGACAACAUUAGUUAUUCAGUUGGCGAUCAUCUUGGAAUAUACCCAAUCAAUGAGAAGAUGUUGGUGGACCAGCUGCUCGAACGCCUGGGCGUCGACGGCGAAACAUACUUUGCUCUCGUCCCACAUGACAAGGCUGGCUCGGUGAUCGAAGCUUCGUUCGGUCCAAUGACCGUUCGCAAGGCAUUCUCCGAGUACUUGGACAUCACCAACCCACCCCGCAAGGCAGUGCUGCGUGCUCUUGCCGAGUACACCUCGGUCGAGGAGGAGAAGAAGCGUCUCAUCCACCUGACGACUGAGGAGGCAUCCGAAGAGUACAACCAAUUCAUCAAGCAAGACUUUAGAACGAUUGGCGAGCUGCUCCAGAACUUCCCUGGCGUCAAGCCACCCAUCGAGCACAUUCUCGAGUUCCUGCCACGUCUGCCCGCGCGCUACUACUCAAUCUCGUCGUCAUUGAACGCCACGCCCGGUCGAGUGACAGUGACCUCGGUCGUUGUCAACUUCACCACCAACACCAGCCGCUUCCACAACGGCGUGUGCUCCACGUGGAUGACCAACUUCAAGGCCGGCGACAAGGUGCCCAUAUUCGUUCGCGAGUCUCACUUUAGACUGCCCACCUACUUCUCACCCAAGACCACCGUGGAGACACAACAGCAAUCGACACCACCACCCAUGAUCAUGGUCGGACCAGGCACAGGCUUCGCGCCGUUCCGCGGCUUCCUGAUGGAGAUCCAGCACAAGAGACAGCAGGCCAACGUCACCGAGCCAUUCGAGAGCAUUCUGUACUUUGGCUGCCGUGGCAAGAACAUCGACUACCUAUACAAGGAGGAGCUGGAGCAGCACCUGUCGUCAGCGACGUUGAAGGAGCUGUCCGUUGCAUUCUCACGAGAGAGCGCCGAGAAGGACUAUGUUCAGCACAAGAUGGCGCAGGACAAGCAAAAGUUAUGGGACUAUCUGUCCAAGGGCGCCUACUUCUACGUGUGCGGUGACGCCCGCAACAUGGCCAAGUCUGUCCAACAGACUCUGAUUCAAGUGAUCAAAGAAUGUGGUUUCAAGGACGAGAAUGCUGCCAUCCAGUACAUUGAGGACAUGCAAAAGACUGGAAGUUGUAGCCAGAGAUGA